AUACUCAAUUGGAGUUGUGAAUACUUGAGUCAAUGAUGAGUUAAGUACAAGUCAAAAAGCCAGUCAGAGACUUAACCAUUUGUCAAACUGUCACUUUUGCGCGGUUUACAAAUCGAACGAGCGAACAGUGUUUGACGGCAUGUCAUUUGUGAACUGUUUGAAAUAAAUGUACAUCUAAAACUAGAGUUACUGGAACAUUUCCGAGGGAAAAACCAGUUGUGAGUCGAAGUUUUAUUCGAAAUUCGUUUGAAUUACUUGUCGAAUCGGGAUUAAACGAGUUAUGUGUUAGCUGCACAAUCGAUUUAACAAUCAAAAUGAAUUUGAACCAGUCGAUGGAUUUCCAGAAAUUUAACCGGCGCGAUGUCUCGUCAGCCACUCAACACACUUCGUUUGUUAUGAAUGGUACAUUUGAUGCAUUUGGUCAAGAUAAAUUCUUUGAUAAACCUUUGUCACAAAAUUCAACACUGAUCGAAAGUUCGGGCUACGCAAAACUGGAUCCGACCAUUGUCAAACAAAAGACCGAUCGUUUGCAUGAGUUUUUCUUGGAAAUUGCCCAAGGCCGGACAAAUGAAGCCGAAAUGUUUGACACCGUUCAUAAUAUGAUCCAGGCAUGCAGUGAAAUUUUCGAUGAUAUCAUACGAAAUGGCGGUUUGACCAGUGAUCGACAGUUGUUUGAAUGGUUAAAUCAAGAGCGAAAUACCUGGAAGCUGCUGUAUUGUUUAUACAAGGAUCGGCUGUUGAAUCAACAAGCAAUGGAAGAUGUCAACGAUGACGAUUUCUGUGUGUACGCCAGCGAAAAGGAAAUUAUCGAGAAAUUGUACAAGGAAAAUGGCAAUUUACGUGAAUAUCAGCUGAUUGUUGACUGGCUAGAGCAGUGCGAAACGCAACGUCACUUUGAUAAAUUCGGACAUUUCAUGGAUGAAACGGUUUCAUGGGAAAAUACAUUGCAUCAACUGCAGAAUAUCGAUCGGACAGUGUUCAGUGGAAAGAAGAAUAUCGUCAAGAGUUUGGAUCCAGAUGCACCACAUCGCGAGAAACUGCCAUUGCAUGAUUUGGACGCUGAAGACGAAGAACGCAUUUCAAAAGAGAUUCUGUACGAAAUUCGACAAGGACACUUAGAUGUAGCCGGCAGUCUGUGUGAACGUGUUGGUCAAUGGUGGCGCGCAGCAAUUUUGGAAGGCUGGCGAUUGCAUCAUGACCCAAAUUACAAAGUAGAAAAUACAUCAUUGGAAAAGUACCCAAUUGAAGGAAAUCCACGUCGUGACCUAUGGAAAAAGUUGGCAUGGCAAAUGGCUGAAAAUAAUCGUAUAAAUGAGUACACGCGUGCAUAUCUGGGUGUAUUUUGUGGUCAUUUGGAUGCAUUGAAGGCGAUAAUGAAUACAUCAUGGUUUGAUCUGCUAUGGGCAUAUUUGAAAGUGCAAAUUGAUAUUCGUGUUGAGGCUGAAUUGCGUCAGACCAGCCCAAAGAGUUACAUUGAAAUGCCGAAAAAAUACUGGAACAACAAAAUGACCAUCGAAGAGAUAUUCAAUGAGCUGAGCACACGUGAGAAUAUCCGUGAUGUUGCCGAAGACAAAAUGACAAUCAUUCGAAAGUAUUUAAUUUUGGACGAUGUGCCAGAGCUCAUGCGUAAUAUCAACUGUUGGUUGGAUGACUUGAAAAACGAUGGUCAAAUGCUGCGAUUUAUAGCGCACAUUGUGUUGUUCAUGCGACAAAUCGAUCGACAACACGAACAGCAAGGUGAUAUUGGAAAUAAAGUCAUCAAAACAUACGUUGAAUAUCUCAUGAAAGAGUCAAACGAACCGGCUCUCGUCGCAUUUUACACAUCAGCCGUGCCGCCAGAUAUGCAAAUCGAUUUGUACGCCCGAUUCUUAGAGCAAAUUGAACAGAUUGAUGACCGUAAACUUGCACUCGAAGAGGCGUACAGUAAUCGUUUGGACAUACACAAAAUCGUCAGUCACAUGGUACAAAAUGUGUGCUUGGCUCAAACAUCUGAUUCGGCCAAGCAGCUCACCGGCACCGUUUCAACGCUGGAUGAGAAGAAAAUUUCAGCACUCGAAUGGUUGACCUUCCACGCCGACCAAUUCAGUGAAUUGCUAUGGUUUGCAAACGCACUCAUCCGCAAUUUCUUGGGCGAGAACAAAAUCGAAAGCAUUCGAAAGAUUUUCAAGGUCAUUCCGCAAAAUGUUGUUCAACGAGUUCAAGAGAACUAUGGGUCAAAGGAUUACAUUCCAGCCAAAGUUGAGUGCAGUAUAUUCGAGUAUGCAUGCUAUUUGUUGUACGUCGACGCACUCGAUUCAUACAAUGAUUGGCUGCGACAAUAUCACAGUAAAUCAAAAGAGCCCGAAACACUGAAUCCAAACGCACCAUUCACCGAACGGAUGGCCAACGAACACAAGAAACAAGCAUAUUUAAAUGAAAUUGAAUGCUGGAGAAUCAAUCUUUUGGAACGCACAGCAGCCACACAAUCAUCGAUAAAGAAAGCACUAUUUCCGUCGGAGAAAGGAUUCCUCAUCGAUCCAGACACAAUAAAUCCCAUUUUAGACGAGGACAAAGUUCCGCUCAAAAAUCGCUUCGAGCAAUUGGAAGGAAUUCGUAAGCUGUGUAUACCACAAUUGGUUCUGUUGCUACACAAUAUCCUGCAUUCAUCGGGCGACUACAAGAGUGCCAUUCAAAUUGUUGAUGAUUUGGUGUCGGAGAAUUGCCAAUUGUACACCGUAUACUCAAAACAUCAACUGACUGAAAUUAUUGGGAAAAUUGCCGAAUCAACACUGGCCGCUCUCAACUCCAAAUUGGAUCCGUGGGGAUACAACACAGCACUUUGAAAUCCGGAUUUAUAGAGAUUUAGAAAUUCGUGUGUGAUUCAAUUCAAUCGUUGUCAAUUAUGUAUUCUCAUUUGCAUUCGCUGUUAAGUGUCCGAGAAACAAAACAAAAAUAAUACCCAAGACCAUUUGAUAAAUAAAAACCAAUCGAUUUUUCAUUCGUA